AUGUCCCUGUCCCCUCCAGGUCCCCCUGAGGACUGUCCCUCUCCCCCACCGCAGGCCUCAGGUCACACUGUCCCCCAAAUCCCUCUGAGGGCUCUCCCCUUCCCCUCUGAGACGUCCCUGUCCCCCCACAGGUCCCACUGUCCCCAAGUCCCCCCCGAGGUGUCCCUCUCCCCCACCGCAGGACCCCAGUCCCCCAGGUCACCCCUUAAGGGUCCCUCUGUUCCACAGGUCCCACUGUCCCCAAGUCCCCCCCGAGGGCUGUCCCUCUCCCCCACCGCAGGACCCCAGUCCCCCAGGUCACCCCUUAAGGGUCCCUCUGUUCCACAGGUCCCUCUGAGGGAUGUCCCUGUCCCCUCCAGGUCCCCCUGA